GAUUUUAACCUCACUAUUUAUUUUAGAAACAUUUUGGCUUUGAGGUUACAAGUGUUAUUUUCAAUUUAGUUUUGUAUUUAUUUGAAAAUCUAAGAUGAGUGAUGACAGUGAUAAUUUCGAAUUUUCUGACUGGGAAAUCGACAAUAAAACGCACGAUAAGCUGGUUGAAGACGUCCUGAAUCUAAACAAAAAUCAAAAUGUUAAGAAACCGUCUCGUACUGAACCUACUUCACAAAUAUCCGAGUUCAACUUGGUAAAAUCACUUGGCGAAAAUAGGAACUUGGUUCAUAUUAAUGAUUUGACUAAACUUCUCAAAGGUCAGAAAAAGCAUGUCGAAAUAUCCAACAAAGUUAAAUCGACAAACUCUAAAAGCACAACACUACCGACCCCUUUAGAAAAACCACAAGCGAACCUAAUCAAGCGCACUCUCAAUUAUGAAAAAUCCAGAUUACAAUUGGAUAGAUGGGAAUCGCUAGUAACUUCCAAUCGUGCUGCGUCUAACCUUGUUUUUCCUCUAGGAAGCGUUGAAAAGGUGAAAAUUGAAGAGAAAAGGGCCGAGCGGUACCCGUCAUCGUGGCGUGUCAAAUCAGAUCUCCAAAAAGAAUUGGAGAAGCUCAAUCCUAAAGUAGAGGAAUUUCGAAUUGAUACAGAAGAAAAAGAAGAGUACCCCCUUACAUUAGACGAAUUGAAACAAAGGAGAAAAGAAAUGGCAAAACUUAGGGCCCAUCAAAGUUACAAAGAAGCCAAAGCUAGAAGGCAAAAUAAAAUCAAAAGCAAGAAGUAUCACAGAAUAUUGAAGAGAGAAAAAAUUAAACAGCAAUUGAAGGAGUUUGAGCAACUUCAGAAAACAAAUCCGGAAGAGGCUCUGAGAAAAUUGGAUGACAUUGAGAAGGCUAGGGCUGAGGAGAGAUUCAAUUUAAGGCAUAAAGGAACGGGACAGUGGGCAAAAAACAAACAAAUUAGAGCCAAAUAUGACAAGGAAGUGACUGACUUUCUUAGUGGUUAUAAAAAAUUCUGGAAUGAACAUAAUAACCAAUCUAGUGAGCCGGCCAACAAUUCCUUGGAAGAUAAAGCUAAAGCAAAUCAACCCGUGGCCUCCAAAAAGAUGAUUAUAUCUGAAUCACCGAAUAAACUCAAAAAGUCAAGUAGAAGUCCCAAAGUCAAAUCAGCUAAGACAGACUUAGAUAAAACAAAUCUGAAAUCAGUAGAUGAAGUCAACCUAAGUGGAAUGAAUAGUUCUUUCAGUACCUCAGAGUGGGAAGUUACCGCACUCCUCGAUGCAACCUCGGGAAAAAAUGGCGAUGUAGAAGAUGUAUUUGAGCAACUGGAAGACAAGCUUGAAAGAAAAUUGCAACAAAAAUCCAAAACACUACAAGGAAAGAAAAAUACAACUAAAAGGAAACAGAAAAGUGAGAAACAGACAAGUUCCAAAAAAUAUAAAGUAGACCUCAGUUUUCCUACCAAAGCGAAAAGGCCUAUUAUCGAUGAAUCAAUGAUGGAGCAGACAGGAAAUAUCGACGAUGAGGCAACUUCUGAACUGAACCCCGACUUAGAAACCCUUAAGAAUAUUUUAGGAUCCAAGGAUAAAAAAGAACCAACCCCCAACAAAAAGCCAAACGAGUGUAUCGAGCAUAAAGAAGUAACAGAGCUUGCCACUGAGAUACCUGAUUUAUCAGUCACAGAAGAAAAUGAGGACUCCACUGACCAACAAGCUAUCAUGAUGGAAGUAUUUGAGGACGAUGAUACUGCAGCAGAUUUUCAAAAAGAGAAGGCAGCCGAAAUAGAAAAGGACACUCCCAAGAAUAUCGAUUUAAACCUUCCCGGAUGGGGCAGCUGGGCCGGAGGCAACAUUGAUCCUAACAAGCGAAAAAGGAAAAGGUUCAUUUUCAAGGUUCCAAAAGCAAUGCCUAGAAAAGAUGAUAAUAAGGGUUCAUUAAUUAUAAAUGAGAAGGCUCAGUCUAAAAUAAAGCCAUUGUUGGUAUCGGAAGUCCCGUUCCCCUUCAAGUCAGUGAAGGAUUAUGAGGCUAGCAUCAGAGCACCUAUAGGGAAUACUUUCGUACCUGAAACUGCAUUCCGGAAACUCAUUGAGCCUGCUGUUACUACGAAAAUGGGGGCAAUUAUUGAACCUAUUGAUAAACAUAUACUUUGUGGUAUUAAAAAAAUUUGAAUUUUA